AUGACAAAUUAUUCUAAAUUGUGGGAUGCAUUUGUAUCGUUUAAGGAGGAAGAUAACCAGUUUGUUUAUCAAAACCUGUACCCUAAACUGGAAAAACAAUUGGGAUUUAAAUUGUGUAUUCAUCAUAAGGACUUCUUACCAGGAAAAGCCAUCACUUCUAACAUACUUGACACCAUUGCCAACAGUCGUAGAACAAUAAUGAUCAUCAGCAGAGAAUAUUUACAAGGAGGCUAUACUACAUUUGAAUACGAAGUGGCUCAUGCUGAAAUGAUCAACAGUAAAUCAAAACAUAAAAUUAUUCCAAUAUUUCUGGAUAAAUUUGACAACUGCCAAGGUUUAAUGGAUGAUACACUCAAAUGUAUUGUACAAUCCGUAACUUAUAUCACGUGGCCUGGAGGAACCAAUCAAAGGGAUGUAGGGACUUUCUGGAAAAGACUUGCAUUAUCAAUGCCGAAGAAAUCAAAGAAAGUUCGUACAGACGGUCAUGAAAAUUCUAGUUUGUUAAGACGAAGCGUGAUGUGAACGAUUUAGUAAUUGAAGUUUGACUGAUGACAUAAGAAACUUAAA